GCCCGCUAGUGCUUCAGUGGGGGCUCAGCUAGGAAUUAUGUCUUUUCGACGUUGUUUUAAACUGGACAGAGAGAGAAAAGUUUCGUCUAUCUUCCUGUCUCCUCUGCUUGUUGCCGUGUAUGGUGUGAGGACUGCUGUAUGCAACAGCCUUCAGUGAGGGUCUUUGGACCUCUUCCUUCUGCUCAAGCUUUCCUGGAGGAUCUCACAGGCAUUUCAGACUGCAGGAAAAUGUACUGGGGAAAUCAUGUUAGAAUUCUUUUCACUGUGACUCUUGUCUGGCAGGCUGUUCAUUUGGGAAAAGGCCGUGAAAAAGAAGAACGUGAAGAAGAUGUGAGAAUUCUCAAUACCACAGCACAAAAGCAGCAGCCCAAGAACGAAGGGACUAUUAUAAGUGCUCUCAGUGACAUGAAUCAGAGUUAUGAAAGCAGAAAGCAACAGAAUUCCAGGGCAUUGAUACCUUUCACUGGGAUUACAGAGAGUAAAAAACUGAACAGACACUGCUGCCAAAACGGAGGGACCUGUAUCCUAGGGGCUUUCUGUGCCUGCCUAAAGCAUUUCACUGGCAGAUACUGUGAACAUGAUGAGAGGCAAAGCAACUGCGGCAGCAUUGCCCACGGCACCUGGGUGCUGAAGGGCUGUUGGCUGUGUCGGUGUGGCUAUGGUACUCUGAACUGUCUCUCAGAAAUAAUGCAUGAUAAUUGUGAACUGAGAUCAGAAAAGGAGGAAAUUACCAGCCUAUAUUCUAAUGGGCUAAGAUUACAGCAAACAGUGUUUGCACUCACUUGCCUGCUCACCAUCCUCCUGGAGCUCUGCUGCUGGCCGUUGUGA